GCUUUUUCGACCAUUUCCCUCACUUGGCGCCCACUCUGAUCGAUCAUUCGCCUCCUUUUCCUCGCACGAUGCUAUGGUACAAGGAUAACCGCAGCCACAUGUGCAUGUUUUCUGAUCUUGCUUUGAGGUCGAACAUAGAUGCCCUGGUCCCUGAUGAUUUUCAUACUCGGCCAUACUUUCGAUCAAACGCGGCCCUUCCUCCUGCUACCCAGGAGGCUUUUCAGGGUUUGAGGCGGCGACAUAUCCUGGAAGACCCUCGAGUGACGAAGUGGUACCUUGGCGAGAGGCUCUUUUGGCAGUUGGAUGGGAGUCUGCUCGUUUCGUUCAGUCCCCCAACUGGUCCAUCUGACUGGAGAGUGGUGCCUGAGCAAGAGUUGGCUGCUGCUUUGGAGGGCUUUGAUGCUAGUGCCUUUGUGGACCCAACGAGGGAGUAUAGCUCCUGGUGCAAGCAGUAUGGUAUCGGCCACAUACCGCAGCAUGCUUAUUCCCCCCGUGAUGGUGCGCGCUUCGCCGGUGGAGGUCUUCUGAGGCCGCAUGUCCGCCGAAAGGGUAGAGAUGAAUAUAUACCUGACGAGGAUGACUAG